AUGCGAGUUGCGCUCUAUCCCACACGCGGCAUAGCCCUCUUUUCAAAUCGCUGCAGAGCAAGUCGGCUUGUCGUCGCGUGUUUUCAACGCGCGAGCCAUUCCACAUUCUCAUCCAACUGCACUGAUGAGACUGUUUCCCUCCCUAUUGGGAACAACGGAUCUAUAUCACUCCGAAUUACGCGGCCGAGCGCGCUGAGCAAGCCGGACCAUGGACUGUCCGAGAAACCUAAUGUAAUUCUUUAUCUUCCGCCGGGACCUUUGUUUCGUGGAUCUGAUCUCAGGAUCACCCAACACGAUGUAUCUCUGAUGCCGUAUGCUGAUGGUCGGGCAAUUGGAGAAUUGGGCUCCUUGACCAGCACAGGCGAAUCGCCCCAGCAUCUACUGGCAUCUACGGCCUCCGCCAUAGUGGUUACAGUCAAUUAUCGGCUUGGAGAGAUGAGAAAACGCUCCCAGUCACAUCGAAAGAUAGACCCGGGGUCACAAGAGUCAGACGACGUCUCGGAUCAAGUUACGAACUCAUCCAGCUCCGAACCACAUUCAUACAAGUACCCAACACCUGUGCACGACACGCUAGCUGGAUUUGACUGGAUCCAGACAAACCUCCAACCAGCCCAGCUAGCAGUCUUCGGUACUCACAUUGGCGGCUCUCUAGCUUUGAUGCUAGCUCUAACAGAAGCCCGAUGUAUCAAAUCUGUCGGCGCUCUAGACCCUGUCUGUGACUGGCCCAGUCUGGACGAAUACUGCGUUCGCGAAAAUGCGAAUAUCAAUACAAAUGCAGACACGGCCGAAAGCACAGAGACAAUACCCAAACCCAAGCGACAGCGAAGAAAGGCUGCGCCCCGUGACCUGGUCCCACUGCUUGAAGCUCGUUCCCGCUUCUUCGCGACGCCAGAGCGCUGUUUUGACUCGUUCGCUUCCCCGAUUCUAUUCCUUCGCUCUGCCGGUCGGGACGUGCCGCGCGCUUUCCCUCAGUACCUGACAGGACCGGAGUAUCCGGUUCCGGUGCUGCAGUAUACACCGACGACGACGGAAACUGCAUCCGAUGGUCUGAUAUGGGACCAAGAUGAGUACCCCGAUGCGGAUGGCGAGGAGGUAGAUGAGCUUGCUGCGACUGCUACUCGUCGCCGGAAGGCGCUUUCUCGGUGGCCGCCUUACGGACUCGAUUAUGGACUUAGUGGGGAUACAUGGUCUGGCCCUGACGAGGGUAUUGGGCGAUUAGAGUUGACGUUGCCCUGGGUUAGGGUUUUUGCAAGCGGCUAUGGAAACGUGUCUGCUGUGGAGAGGGAGCCGUCGGUAAAGCCGGUGACGAGAGCGAAGGAGUCGGGUACAGGGUCUACUGUUCUUGCUAGACAGGCUGAUGAGAUGGUAUCUGCAAUGCGAAGAGCUUGUUUCUGGGGUCGAGAGAAAGGAUUUGCCGAGCGCAAGGUCAACUUGUCGAAGGUUGAUGGGUUUGACAAUGUCGAAGCGGGCAAAUGGUUUGAUGAUGUCUUCAAAGGAACCAUGGAAGAAGUGGAUUAA